ACAAGACAGAGACCAGGACAAUCCUCUGGGAGCAUCUGAAACAAGGACUUGAAGUCUACUUCUCAGUGACUUUACAGCAACGACAGAAAUGAGUGGAGCCGCUGCGUCCGUGUGCCUUCUUUUUCUCCUGUCUGUAUGUUCAGCAUGUUACAUCUCCAACUGUCCCAUCGGUGGCAAGAGGUCCAUCAUAGAUGCACCACUGCGCAAGUGCAUGUCCUGUGGCCCCGGAGACAGGGGCCGCUGCUUUGGCCCCAGUAUCUGCUGUGGGGAGGGCCUCGGUUGCCUGCUGGGCUCCUCAGAAACCGCUCACUGUGUGAAAGAAAACUACUUGCUUACCCCCUGCCAGGCAGGAGGGAGACCCUGUGGAUCAGAUGGAGGACGCUGCGCUGCCUCAGGACUCUGCUGUGAUGCCGAGAGCUGCACCACAGACCAAACCUGCCUCACUGAGGAGGAAGGAGACGACCAAACCAGCCAACCUGAAGGCAGCGGCCCCACUGACCUCAUCCUCAGGCUCCUGCGUCUGGCUGGUCACACAUCUCCUCUUCGACUCCGCCAGUGAGCUGCUCCUGAUACCAAGGUCUCAUGGGAAACUUAAAGCUAUAGGGAUGAAAUCGGACUUAUAAUUCUGGUUCAUCAUUUGUAUUUCUCUGUUUGUCAUCAUCACUCUGAUUUUCCUGGAGUAUUUCUGUAGAGUGCCUUUGUCAGAAAAUAAGGAUGAAAACUGAGAGUGGACAUCCAGAUAUCUGCAUGUUAAAAUAAAGUUUUGAGAGAAUAUAAAA